AUGGGUCCCUAUGGGUCUCAGUGUGUCCCUAUGGGCCGCAUUGCCCAUCUCACCCUUUACCCCCCGUUGCAGCGGCUGCGCUCGCAGGCGAACGGCCACGCGGCGGCGUUUGCGGCGCUGCAGGAGGAGCUGAGCCGCGCGCGGGCGGUGAACGAGCGCAUGGAGCGCGGGCACAGCGAGCGCGACGCCGACCUGCAGCGCUACGGCCACCGCGUGGAGGCGCUGCUGCGGCGCUGGGACGCGGCGCUGGCGCAGAUGGAGCUGCGGCUGCGCGACCUGCAGCUGCUGGGGAGGCGCAUGCAGAGCUACCGGCAGAGCUGCGACGCGCUGCAAGAGUGGAUCCGCCAGGCGCGCCUGCGCCAGGAGAGCAUCCAGGCUGCGCCCAUCGCGGACUGCGCCGCCGUGCGCGAGCAGCUGCUGCAGGAGAAGAAGCUGCUGGAGGAAUGCGAGCAGCAGAAGGAGAAGGUGGAGGAGUGCCAGCGCUACGCCAAGCAGUACAUCGACGCCAUCAAGGUGCGCUGCAGCCCUGCGCCGCGGGGCUCUGGGUGGCGCUGCUGUGGGUCGCUGUGGGUCACUGUGGGUCCUGGUGCUGUGGGUCACUACAUAUGUACAUAUGGGUCAGUAUGGGUGGCUGUGGGUCACUGUGGGUCCCU